UGAGAGUGAUGGCAACUGAUCAGGUCUUGAUGAGUGAAAGCAGUUCUGAUAAAAUGGUUCUGGAGAUUGACAUUGAUUUGAGUGAAUACGGCGAAGCAAAUGUAAAGUCAACAGACAAAGAAGAUCUGGUCAGGCAGUUGGACAAACACAAUGGCGAAAUUGGAAACAGUUCGAUUUUUGACAACAUUUUCCCAAAAGUGGUUCCAGUGUUUACAACUGACAUCCACUACCGAAACAGUUUCUUCCAUCCGACACUCAGAAACUUCUGUUUGAGUUCAAAUGGACAAAAAACACACCCAGAAACAUAUUCCGCAGCCCCAGAAGAACGAUGGGCCGUAUUCCCGAACUGGGAUUUCCGCUCUAUCCUUAAGCUUUUUGAUCCAGCAGAUAUUACCGAAAAACUUCUAUCAGGCAUUACUCGAUCCAAUUAUCAGCUUCUGGUAGACGUCCAGAGAAGUCAAGCGUUUCUGGUACUAAUAGUUACAAAGUCAGACAAGGCAUUUGACUUUUCACACUUUAUCGAACUUCACAGACUACUCGGGCAAGUGACACCGUUCAACAUGAUUACUCCAGUAAUUUUAUUGGCAAUGGGAGUGAAUCAAGAAAAUAUUCAAACCCUGCCUUGUGAAGAAAUCGUCAACCUUCAAAUAGUAUCUGAGAAGGAUGGUAUAUCUCGUUUGGUACCAAAGCCACACCAGAAAUCAUAUGGCGAUGAAGGAUUCAAGUAUCUUGUCGCCUUGCUUGUUUUCUUGGCACCAAGAUUCAACAGUUUAACUUUGUGCACGAAAGAGCUUAAGCCUCCUAAUCCAGCAGAUUGCGACAGAUCAUUCAAGUUAAAUGACAUUGAACAAGUUUCCCAUCUCAUGGACUAUUAUUUUGAAAAUCUGAACGGACCGGUUCAGUCAGUUCCAAGAAUCGACGAUAUCCCAGGAGGUGUAUUGUACGGUCACUGUGACGAAGAAGGAAACCCUUGUAUCCCAGAUGGUGAUACUUAUAAAGAGUCGGCUUAUAAAGAUAUUACCGAAAAACUUCUAUCAGGCAUUACUCGAUCCAAUUAUCAGCUUCUGGUAGACGUCCAGAGAAGUCAAGCGUUUCUGGUACUAAUAGUUACAAAGUCAGACAAGGCAUUUGACUUUUCACACUUUAUCGAACUUCACAGACUACUCGGGCAAGUGACACCGUUCAACAUGAUUACUCCAGUAAUUUUAUUGGCAAUGGGAGUGAAUCAAGAAAAUAUUCAAACCCUGCCUUGUGAAGAAAUCGUCAACCUUCAAAUAGUAUCUGAGAAGGAUGGUAUAUCUCGUUUGGUACCAAAGCCACACCAGAAAUCAUAUGGCGAUGAAGGAUUCAAGUAUCUUGUCGCCUUGCUUGUUUUCUUGGCACCAAGAUUCAACAGUUUAACUUUGUGCACGAAAGAGCUUAAGCCUCCUAAUCCAGCAGAUUGCGACAGAUCAUUCAAGUUAAAUGACAUUGAACAAGUUUCCCAUCUCAUGGACUAUUAUUUUGAAAAUCUGAACGGACCGGUUCAGUCAGUUCCAAGAAUCGACGAUAUCCCAGGAGGUGUAUUGUACGGUCACUGUGACGAAGAAGGAAACCCUUGUAUCCCAGAUGGUGAUACUUAUAAAGAGUCGGCUUAUAAAGGCGAACUUCUUGAAUUCUGGGAUGAGUGUGUAGCAAACAUUGAAGCAGCGGGAUUGUUUCUACACAGUUUCAAUGGCUCUAAUUCGAUCAGAGUGUUUUCAAAUGCAUCUGACACUGACAAGUGA